AUGGAUAGCCAAUCUGCAGUGCCUAAUUUGGAAGGACAAACCUUCAUGCGUUUACAAAAUUUAAUAACAACUGAGCAAACCACCGACACCUUUCAUCAGCGAGCAACUACAAUUCCGAGCUGUACUGGUAAAAGAUGUUUAGGAUCACUAAUGCAAAUUCCCGAAAAAAUAAAGCGAGAAAAUGGUCUGAAACCCAAGGAAUUAGUUAUUAAGGAGGCAACAGAAUUCCUACAAGAAUAUUAUGCCUCUAUACGAAAGGAAGGUAGUGAAGCCCAUCUGAAACGCAAAGCUGAUGUUAUCGAAGAAAUUCAGGCAAAGGGCUUAUACGACCUAACUGAACAAGAAUUAACAUAUGGUGCUCGGUUAUCUUGGCGUAAUGCUUCCAGGUGCAUUGGCCGAAUUCAGUGGUCCAAUUUACACAUUUUUGAUGCCAGAGAUGCAGUUACUGCAACAGACAUGUAUGAUGCAAUUAUUAGCCAUUUGAAGUAUGGUACUAAUAAUGGAAACUUAAGAUCAGCUAUGACAAUUUUCCCACCCAGAGCUAAUGACUCGCACGAUUUUCGCGUAUGGAAUAUUCAGUUAGUUCGCUAUGCUGGAUAUGAGCAACCUGAUGGCUCCGUAAUCGGUGAUCCAGCAAACGUCGAAUUUACAAAAAUAUGUGAAUCAUAUGGAUGGAAAGGUAAAGGUGGCAUGUUUGAUGUUCUACCUCUUCUUUUGCAAGCUAACGGAGAAGAUCCCGAGCUAUUUGAAAUUCCGUCGGAUUUAGUUCUAGAAGUGCCAAUUUCUCAUCCAGAGUAUGAAUGGUUUGAAGAGCUCAAGUUGCGAUGGUAUGCUUUACCUGCAGUUUCUUGUCUUUUGCUGGAUAUUGGAGGGGUGGAAUUCCCAGCGUGUCCAUUUAAUGGAUGGUAUAUGGUAACUGAAAUCGGUGCAAGAGACUUUGGUGAUGAAAAUCGCUAUAAUUUAUGCAAACCUGUGGCUCAACGUAUGAAACUUGAUACUCGAACGGAAACAACUUUAUGGAGAGAUAAAGCCAUCGUGGAAAUAAACUGCGCCGUUAUGCAUAGUUUUCUAAAACACGGAGUUACUUUAGUGGACCAUCAUUCAACAUCCAAUUCCUUCAUGCAACAUCUACAAAAUGAGCAAAAACUACGCGGUGGUUGUCCAGCCGAUUGGGUCUGGGUAGUUCCUCCGAUAUCAGGAUCGGCCACAAAAGUUUUUCAUCAGGAAAUGUUGAAUUAUAAAAUUAAGCCAAGCCUAGAGUAUCAGGUCGAUGCAUGGAAAAUUCAUCGCAGAAAGACACCAAUUAAAACCAAAGAAGGAAAAUUUAAAGAUAUUGCAAAGAUGGUGCGUUUAUCGACAGAGCUCAUGGCUAAAGCCCUUGCCAAGCGAAUCAAAGCAACCAUUUUGUAUUCAACGGAGACAGGCACAUCAGAAAGAUAUGGUAAAAUGCUGAAAAAGCUACUAGACUUGGCUUUCGAUGCAAAGAUUUAUUGCUUGGAGAAUUACGACUUUAACAAUUUGGAUUACGAAAAUCUUGUUUUCGUUGUCACCAGUACAUUUGGUAACGCUGAUCCACCUCAUAAUGGCGAGGAAUUCGAUAAACAUCUUCGCCAUCGCUUACAUUCAUACCAUGUACAAAAUCAAGAGUUAGUAUAUUUUACUAUAUUUUUGCAGACUGAUAAUAUUAAUUGUUGUAGGGAAGACUACAAUGCUUUAAAUGACUAUGGUACAAGAAUUCUCAAUGUUAAAUAUUCCGUAUUCGCUUUAGGCUCCAGAGUAUAUGGAGAUAAUUUUUGUGCUUUCGGCCGUUUUAUUGAUGCUUCAUUGCACAAAAUGGGAGCCGAAAGAAUUUGUCCUCUUGGUGAAGGGGAUGAACUCUGCGGACAAGAGGAAUCAUUUAAGAUAUGGGCUGAUAAUGCUUUGCGUACUGCCUGCAAUACAUUUUCAAUCGAUCUCAAUAGCGAUUUUAAGACAACUAAUACAUUAUUAACAACCGUACCAGCUUGGUCAGAGAGUAAUUAUCGUCUUGUGCAUAAAGAAAAGAAACCCAUCAAGCCGCUUAUUGAAGCUCUGUCCAAAAUUCAUUCAAAGAAGAUUCAAUCAGCAACAGUUAUUUCCGUUACAAGCUUACAAUCCACCACUUCUUUGCAUUACACGAUUCUCGUUAAGUUGGAUAAGGGCAACAAUUCUAGCUUGAACUAUGCUGCUGGCGAUCAUUUGUCUAUAUUUCCAGGCAAUGAUCCGGAAAUAGUGGAUGCUUUAUUAACUAAACUAACAGAUGGACAGUCGCCAGAUACACCUAUUCAAAUGGAAUAUCUAAAUAACGAAAAAAAUUGGACGGUUGAUAACCAUAUACCACCUAUUUUUACGUUAAGAGAAGCAUUUUCUCGAUUUGUCGAUAUAUCAACACCUCCUACACCACAAUUUCUGCAAUAUUUGGUCAAUCAGGCCAAGGAUGAAAAAGAAAAGAGCCAUCUAGAAGAGUUAGCAAAGGGACAAGAUGAAUAUGAAGACUGGAAAUUUUACGAAAAUCCUAACAUAUUGGAUGUGAUCGAUAAGUUUCCAUCUCUUCAAAUACAAUCUACUCUAUUGCUGUCGAAAUUACCGCGAUUAAAACAAAGAUACUAUUCGAUAUCCUCAUCUAUGGCCAUGUUUCCUAAUGAGAUCCAUAUUACAGUUGGAGUGGUACAGUAUUAUACUAAAUCAGGGAAGCUGUGCCGCGGUGUUUGCUCUAAUUGGCUUAAUUCCUUAAAAGAAGGAGCAACUAUCCACUGUUUCACUAAAGCAGCUCCAAGCUUCCAGAUGCCAUCUAAUAACUCGAUACCGAUCAUUAUGGUUGGCCCUGGAACAGGAAUAGCUCCUUUUAGAAGCUUUUGGCAACAGAGAGCCAUAGAAGAGGACAAUUCUUCAAAUAACUUUGGUGACAUGGUUUUAUACUUUGGGUGCAGAACACCGGUAAAGGAUGACAUUUAUAGGGAAGAAUUGGAGGAUUGCGUGAAUAAAAAGGUCAUCAAAGAAGUUUAUAAAGCUUACUCAAGGGCGCCAGACGAACCAAAGCAAUAUGUGCAAGACAUACUGAGCCAAAAUGGUAAUGAGGUGCUCGCAAUGCUUUUAGACGACGACGGGCAUAUUUACGUAUGUGGUGAUGUAUCUAUGGCAGCAGGUGUAACAAGAGCAAUUCAGAAUAUACUCAUUGAUUAUGGGCAAUUUAGCCAAGAAGAUGCUCUCGAAAUGACCAAAAACUUGAAGAAAAAUGGCAGAUACCAUGAGGAUAUUUUUGGUCUAACCUUACGAACAGCAGAAGUAACAGAAAAAAAUCGUCGUGCUUCACAAAGGUAA